GAAUUACGGGACUCGGAAGUCCAAGUUAAGGCUUACAAAGAGAGGCUGGCCUCACUUUCAGAGGUAAAAGAUGGAAAAGCGGAUUUAGCAGAUGCUAACUCAGACACAGCUUUAACAAUCAAAAAACUUCAAAAUGAACAGCGUAAUUUUCGUCAAUGGACUUCAAAACUGGUUGAACAGCUAAAACUUGAGAACAUGGAAAACGAGGAAGAAUAUCCCCUACUUAUGGAUGCAAUAGCAGUCCGUGUGAAGGCUCUGGUAACUAACGAGAGUGAAAAGAUUGCCACUCAAAGGUCGCGCCUCGCACAACUUCAACAGCGAAACCAUGAAUUUCGCGAACGCAAUGAUGCCAUGGAAAUUCAGCUGACUCUGCUCCGUCGUCGUCUUGCCAGCUUGGAGGAUGGGGAAGCAGAGACGCGUAAACGUCUUGCCUCUGCGGCUGCGAUGGAUCGGGUGCACAAACGAUUAAAUAGACAGUUGGAACAAGCAAGAGCGGAGGUCUAUGCACUGCAGGCGGAAAAUGAUCGGUUGAAAAAUGAGUCGAAUGGUGAGAGGCAGAACGCAUUGGCAGCUGUGGGUACAAAUGCUCUCCUUCAUGCUGCCGAGUCUCGAGUUAACGAUCUUCAAGCACAGUGUGAGCGAUUGGAAAACGAAGCUCAGGGUUUGAGACGCGAGAAGCUCCAUCUGGAAACAUCUUCAAAUUCGACCGUUCGAAAUAUGCAAAAGCGAAUUGCUAAUCUAGAAGACGAACUCGACAAAGUUCGACGCUCGGAAUGUCAGGCAAGUAAAGUCAUGCUGAAGAGACUGCUGGAAUUCCGGGUUGUUGUGGCUCGGUUACUCAACUUCGAGUGCGAUAAUCUAAGUGUGCCGGAUUUUGAGAUCGUGCAUCGUCUGGAACAGGUCGUGUUGGCGUUGGAUUCUCCGGGCAUCCAGGGGCUUCAUAAGAGUGCGCCAUCGGAAUGA